AUGUUGGAGGCUUUUGAGAUUUUGACGACCUCGGGCGUGGUGCUCUGGUCUAAGGCGUACGCUCCAGUGGGCGCACAUGUCAUCAACAGCCUGAUCAACGACGUCUUUAUUGAGGAGAAAGUUGUGCCACAGAAUGCGACAGCUGGCGGAGUCUCGCCUGCGUAUAAGAAGGAGAAAUACACACUAAAAUGGAAGAGAGUCAAGGAAUUCGAUUUGAUCUUCGUGGCCGUCUACCAAUCGCUACUCCACCUUGGCUGGAUCGACAAACUUCUUGAGAACAUUUCGACAAUUUUCAUCGAUCUCUAUAAGGACCAGGUGAAGGGAAACCGCGUGCGAAUCCAGACCUAUCGGUUCGAUCAAUACUUUGAACAGCAAGUUCGGGAGCUUGAAGACAAUACUGGUGGCUUUGUAGAGGAACAUGUGCCGGAGACAGGCGAAAAGAAAGACCCGCUUGUUUCGUCGGACAAUGGUGGCCCCCCGCCGCCACCGGUGCCUGGCCUGGUGAAAGCGCAGCCUAGGGCUGCGCUAGCCGGGGCGACCUCUGAUGAGGGCACGCCACCAGCUACACCAGAAAUUUCUAGAUCUUCGACCCCUCAGGGUCAUCUUCUUACCGCGAAAGCCGGACCUGGAGGUCGUGGUUCCCGACGGUCCCGCAAGGCUGCCAAUUCGAGCGCCAACGCGUCGUCUGGCGAUGAAGUCCGGAAGGGAAAGUCUGCCAAGACCCCUGUGAAGAAGAUGCGCAGAUGGGAUGCCAGUGGGAUGGCAGAUGAGGAUGAUGGAGAGAUCCUCGAUUAUUCUGCCCCCGAAAGAGAGGCUGCCGCUCCAGCGGUGGAGGCUGUCUCCGAGGAUGAUUGGGGUCGUCGAACUGGUAAAGGCCAAUUCGUGCUGAAGGAGUUGGGCGAGGAAGUUCAAUCCAUCUUGGACCAAGCUGAUGCGGAAAAGUCCAAGGGCACUGCUUCUUCGGGUGUGGUUGGCUCCGGGUUCAACGCAAUUGGGGGCUUCUUCCGCAACAUUGUGGGCGGAAAGGUUCUGACAGAAUCUGAUCUCGAGAAGCCUCUCAAGGCUAUGGAAGACCACCUUUUGAAGAAGAACGUCGCCCGUGAAGCUGCUGUCCGCCUCUGUGAGGGAGUUAAACGUGAGAUGAUUGGGAAGAAGACUGGCAACUUCCAGAGUACUGAUGCCGCAUUGCAUGUGGCUAUGGAAUCCUCGCUGCGGAAGAUCCUGACGCCGACUUCUUCUUUGGAUUUGCUCCGCGAGAUCAACGCUGUAGUAGCUCCCACCACUAAGCAGCAGGCGCCUCGCCCAUACGUCAUGUCUAUCGUUGGUGUCAACGGCGUUGGAAAGUCGACCAACCUGAGCAAGAUCUGCUACUUCUUGCUUCAAAACAAGUACCGUGUUCUCAUCGCAGCAUGCGAUACUUUCCGCUCGGGUGCCGUGGAGCAGCUGCGCGUGCAUGCUGACCGCUUGAAGGAACUGAGCGUCCGCGAGAAUGCAGGCGAUGUGGAGAUCUACCAGAAGGGCUAUGGCAAGGAUGCAGCCAAUGUUGCCAAGGAUGCGGUUGACUAUGCUGCCGCGAAUAAGUUUGAUGUCGUCCUGAUCGACACUGCCGGUCGUCGGCAUAACGACCAGCGGCUGAUGUCCUCGCUUGAGAAGUUCGCCAAGUUUGCUAACCCAGACAAGAUUUUCAUGGUUGGCGAGGCUCUGGUCGGCACGGACAGUGUCAUGCAGGCCCGCAACUUUAACCAGGCAUUUGGCACUGGCAGGAACUUGGACGGCUUCAUUAUCAGUAAAUGUGACACCGUCGGUGACAUGGUGGGCACACUGGUCAGCAUGGUCCAUGCUACGGGUAUUCCCAUAGUUUUCCUGGGCGUUGGACAACAUUAUGGAGAUCUUCGAGGGCUCAGUGUUCCCUGGGCUGUUAGUCUGCUGAUGAAGUAG